GUUCUUCUUCGUGGGUCAGACAUGGAGAUAMAAGCUCUGGUCUGUGUGUUCCUGCUGGCUCUGCUCAACACCGAGUGUUGGUGCAGGAACGAGGAGGAGCGUCUGAUCAACCACCUGUUCAAAGAAAAAGCCUACAACAGGGAGCUGCGGCCUGUUGAACGGCAGCAGGAUGUUGUUGAAGUUUAUCUGGCCAUGACUCUCUCCAACCUUAUCUCCCUGAAAGAAGUCGAUGAGACGCUGCUAACAAAUGUGUGGCUCGAUCAUACAUGGACUGACUACAGGCUGUCAUGGAAUAAGACAGAGUUUGAUGGCAUCGACAYACUUCGUCUACCGCCCAGCAUGGUGUGGCUGCCAGAGAUUGUACUGGAGAACAAUAAUGAUGCCCAGUUCGAGGUGGCCUACUACUCCAAUGUUAUUGUAUAUGAAGACGGUCUCUGCUACUGGUUACCUCCGGCCAUCUUCCGUUCUUCCUGUUCCAUCAACGUCAACUACUUCCCCUUCGACUGGCAGAACUGCACACUCAAAUUCACCUCUUUGACGUACAAUGCCAGAGAGAUCAAGAUGAUGUUGAAGCAAGAAGGAAGCGAAACAGUGGAAUGGAUCAUUAUCGACCCUGAAGGCUUCACGGAGAACGGCGAGUGGGAGAUCAUCCACCGGCCGGCCAAGAAGAACACCUACCGUCACAUUCCCAAGGAG